GAUCUAUCCAAGGAAACAGUAUUUUAUCAAAGAUCAUAUGGCUAGUUGUCUAUUCUUGUAAAUAGUUUGCUUCUCUGAUUGUCACUCUAAACAUCUCUGGAUACAGAAAAUUUUUACAGGCUCUGCGUUAUUGUGAAUUAUUAUAAUAUAUUUAUACAAAGUAUGUAUAUAUAUAUAUAUACACACAUAUAUAUUCUGAAAUAAUAAUAACUCAAGUAUAUUGUAUAAAAUUAAUUUUUGAUUGGAAGUAUGUCGACAGAAAUUAAACAGUUAGAAAAACCAAAGCUUCGUAAUUUACUAUUAGGGAAGGUGAAGAUUGCCUUUGUUGGUAUGACAAUAUUUGGAACUGUUACGACAUUAUUAUACAAAGUAUUUGUUGGUGAUGCAAGGAAGAAAAAAUAUGAAGAAUUUUACAAAAAGUAUGAUGCAGAAGCAAAACUCAAAAUCAUGUGCGAUUCUGGUUACAUGCACUCCUGUGGAGAUAAUCCUAUAAUUUAUGAGUAAUUAUUUAAAAAAUGUAUAUAGUUUGUCAUAGUAUAUUGAAUUCAUAUAAUAACUUAAAUAAAAUAUAUAUAUGUUAUAUGAACAUGUCUAUAAUACAUUAAAUUUUUAUACUAAAUCAAAUAUGUUUUUUCUAGAUAAUUGUAUGAAAAUAUCACUUUUGUUUUAAUGUUUUAAUAUUAAUAUUUUGUCUAUGAAUUAAGAUUGUUUUAUAUGUUUGUUAUGAAGGUUAUAAAUGUUGAUGGUUUAAACGAUUAUUCUGAUAUAAAGAUAAAUUAUUUAAAUUAUUGAUUUAUUGUAGGUAUAUCGUAGUGUAUUUUAUAUAUAUAUAUAUAUAUACACACACACACACAUAUAUAAAUUGCAUUCUCAAAAAGUUGUAGAAUUAUAUUUUUUAGAGAAAGGAAAUGAAAAAUAUUCAGGUGCGUUAAAUAACUGUUUCAUUCGAUAAUAUUGAUAGUAUCUAUAGUCAUGUAUUAAUAGUACUAACAAUAGUAGAUUACUGUAUUAGUACUAAUAUAUAUUUAUUAUUAUUUUAAAUAAUAUAUUAUUAAUAAGUAAUGGAAUAUAUUGAAAUAAUGAAAAAAUGUAAAAUGAGGAUUUCUUUAAAUAAGAAUUAAAAGUCUUCACAGAUGCAUGUAUAUAAAAAUCCUGUUCAUUCGUAAAGGAAUAUUCAUAAACUUAGAUUAAUUAAUAUUUGUUGAUAAAUUUUCUUCGACUAUUUCGAAUAAUAAUUCUAAACGGUGAUAUAAGAGGUUAAAGAAACUCCGAUGUUAAAAUAAUUGGUAAGAUGGCGCCGUAGAAAUACCCAGUAUGCCCCGCGCGAUUGAUUUGCGCAUGUCAGUUGUUCGCAUUGCAAAUGGCGGCUCCUUGUUAUUGUUCAUGGCGUUUUAUGACUUGUCCCUUUAUAUUACCGAUUAUGUCGAGUUUUUUCGCGAUCUUCACCGCGCGCACUGUGCAGAAAGUGGAAUAAGAUACGCGCGGUGUAUUUUAGGUUAAGCUAAGUGCUCUUGUGGUGUGUCUCCGUGCGAUUUGGACGCGAGAAAUUCCACACGAAAUUGGAAAGAAAUGGGUAGACAAGUGCAUUAGUGCUGGAGUGGUUUGGCGUUGUCGGUUUACAACCGACGGAGAGACAUCUCAUCACAUAUAUAUUGUCUUAAUACCCUGAGGUGUCUCCAGGCUCCCUGGGUAGUUAUGUGAUUUAUGAUUGUCAUGGCGGCAGACAGUGAUGGUGAUCUGAUUGAGACGGUGGUAACUUGUGAGGGUGACCUUGGUGAUCCAGAAUUUCCACAUAAAUUUAAAACAAUUGUUGACCGUCUUAAGUCUCUACUAUGUAAAGAGAAAGGAGAUGGUCUAAAAGUUAACAAAGUAGAACCAUGGAAUUCUGUAAGGGUCACAUUUUCCAUACCAAGAGAAGCUGCAUUACGGUUGCGAGAAUUAGCAGCGCAAGGAUCUCCAACACUUACUCAACUUGGCAUUCUUUCUGUGCAGGUUGAAGGAGACCAGGUUAUAUCUUUAAGGAUAGCAAGUCGAUUUGGAGGUGAGGCACAAGAAAUUGUCUUACGUUCAGGAUCUUCACAGGAUGCUGGAAAUAAAUCUCAGAAUGAAUCUACAAAUAGUUCAGUCACCAUUGACAAUGAUCCUACAAUAGCUUUACCUGGUCCAAGUAAUACAUCAACAAUAUCUUCUGCAUUGCGGAAUGUUGCUCAAAUAAUAGCAGCUGGUACAUCGUCAGAGAAAGCUCCUCAAUUCCGUUCUCCAAAUGUUGUGGCACCAACAGACUGUGAUCCUAUCCCACCUUUUCUUGCAAAACCUGUGCCGUCAACGGCUGGUAGUAAUGGUGUUGGUACUUCUGGCAACCAACCAGUCACUAAUUCUAAUGCUUCAUCCAGAAAUAAUUAUAACGGUCCAUUCCCGUUUGCCAGCAUGACCCAUGCUGCUCAAGCAAUACAUAGUCGAGAAUCACAAGCUACAACAAUAAAAAAUGCAAUUCAGUUUAAACAACAUACACAGCCACCACCGCCUUAUCCGAUACAAGAUAAUUUGGCAACAGUCACAGCCUUGUCAAGUGGUCAUACAACUACUCAAACUGUGGUUACAGUUGGGCAAUUAACAACUCAGUAUAAGUCUCCAAUUACCACGACAUCUAGUCUGUCACCAAACAAUGGUAACCAUUUAACAGGAAAUUCCAAUGGUAGUGGUAACCAAGUUGCUUUAUCAAGUCCAUUACUUGUGAAUCUUCUGCAAAAUGAUGCUACCUCACAUUCAAAUAAUGUGAUACCUGGUCAGAAAAUGUUGCCACCAGCUGUUGUUGAUAGCUCAGGAUUGGUAAAUCGUAUGAGACCUACGAAAAAGCCAACUGUUAGAAGAAAAGAGCUAACCUCGCCUAAUGAAUCGCCACCAAAUUUGGAUUCGCUAAGGACGGAAGAUCUGAUAGGAGGAUCGGCCAUUAUUCCAGAUAUAUCUCAAAAUUCACCAUCUUCAGCAUUUGUUGCGGUUAAUGCAAAUCAGCCAUCAUCAAUUCCUCAACAGCAUACAGUUAAUGUAAUUGGUGGUAGUAGUCAGAAUAUGAUGACAUCACAAACGGUCCACCAAGUGCCUGUUGUUGGACAGAUACAGCAACAGACACCACCAAUACAUACUCCAGUACAAAUACAACAAAAGUUUCCUAUCAGACAAGAAUUGACUUAUAGGCCUUCACAAAUGCAAAUACAAAGUCAACUUCCUGCUAGGCAUUCGGUAAAUGGACAAGUUAGAACACCUUUACAACAGCGACAAUUAUUGCUUCAACAACAACAACAACAACAACAACAACAACAACAACUUUUGGCUCAACAACAACAACAACAACAACAGCAGCAGCAGCAGCAGCAACAGCAACAGCAACAGCAAUUAGGCCAACAAAACAUGGCUACAUCACAAUUGAUAACUCAGCAAGGACCUACAACACAGCAGACAUUGUUGCAACAGCAAAACACUAAUGCUCCUUUGCAAUCAGCAUCUUUACCAAGUCAACCAGUUAUACAACAGCAACAAGUUCUACAGCAUCCAACAGUAGCAUUGAAUGUAUCGCAACAAAGGCUAAGUUACUUAAGUAAUCAACGUCAACAAACACCUCCACCAUAUCCACGACAACCGGUACCACAGCAACCUCAUUUACCACAACAAAGCCAGACGUUGAAUGUACAACAACAGUUACAUCACAAUCAAUUGAAAAAUAUAAAUGUCAAUACGAGUGCAACAACAGACUUUCGUUAUGGACAAAGUCAAAAUAUCCUCAGUAGAAAUUAUCAGCCAUCUAUUAGCAGUGCUAAUGGACCUACAUGGAGUACGCAAAGUAGUUCCAUUCCACAGGGUGCUCAAGUUAAUACUACAAGGCUCGCAGUCUCAAAUCAGGUUCCAGGUGCCUUUUCUCAGUGUGGCUCUCAUAUGAAUCAUACUCCUACGACUACUGCGACUGCUGCCAUUAAUAAAGUAGAAACAUCAGAGUCCCCAAAACCUGAGGAGGAGACACCAGAGCCAGAGUAUACAUCAACUGGAAAAAUCCGCCAAUUUCUCAUAAAUCCUCUGACCGGUCAUUUAGAACCAAUGCCUAGCGAAAGUUCUGAUUCAGAACCAGAAAGUGCAGUUGAUAAUCAAGAUGAUUUCUUUUCUUUUCCAUCUCCUUCAAACGAUAGAUCAAAUUCUAUCUUUUCUGACGACGACGCUGAUAGCAAUUUUUCGAGAAGAAACGAUACUACGACCAAUACCGAUCAAUCAGAUUCUGAAACAACGGUCAAAUCUACAGCCAGUGAAGGAAGUUUAAAGCACAGCAGGAUAAAACCUACGAGAGAGUCUGCGCACAGUCCAAUGCCAGGAGAAAAGAUUAAACUCCGAUUAAAAUUAGAAAAAUCAGAACCAGUUACCCAAGCGUAUAAAGUGGAUGUAUCAUUUGUAAACACACCACCUGUCAGGAAAGUUGACAAGUCGGUAAACAAAAUGUUUACCACAGGUAUCUCUAGCUCAGGGACUGGUGACGAACCACGAGUGCCUCCGUUACACAUUUCUUUAAGAGGACGUAAUGCUUCUGUAGUACAAAUCAGGAAAAAAGAAAAAAAGUCUUUGAAAGAUGGGGAAACUGAUGUAGCUAAUGUAAAGAGAAAAGGAAAAUUGAAGAAAAUGAAAGAAUGUAUAGAUGGGAACAAAUUGCUCCAAAAGAAAUCAUCGUUGAACAUGAUUAUAGGUACUUCGUCUGCUUCCAAACUACCCCUGUCCAACUCUGCGAUGAUAAAUAGCGCCAGUACCAUUAGCAAAAUGAAUAAUAUUCUUCAAACUGUCGUUGCAAAACCUAAUGCCUUUAAACAAGAAGUGUCGGUAGAUUCUAUGAGGCUACAAGGUGGGCUAAUUAAGCCAAGUUCAAGUAAAAAUAAUGACGUGGAUGAUAUACCGUUGAACAGUAGAAUUCCAUCCCCGUCUAAACAUAAAUCUACUAUUUUAAAUCAACCUUUGAAUACACCACAACAAAACAUAACAAAGAAUCAAAUGGAAGUUGAUGUACAAAAUCAUACACAUGAACAGAAAAUAGGGGGAGGUAAAACCAAAAGAAGAGAUUCCAAGAAGAAAUCAGAAUCUGGAGAUGGUAUGCACAGAGAACAGAAUUUAUUGUCAGGUGGUAGAAUUCUAGAUAAUCAAGCCAAAUGGAGAAAAUUGGGUUAUAAAGGUGAUUCCAAUCAAGCGAUACGAAAGUCAGAUACACUUAUAACAGGAAACGAUUUUACAACUGUUAAAAAAGUUGGCGAAAUCAGGAGAACCAGCGACAGUGACAUAAAUAGAUCAGCCAUAGAAAAGAACAAUGCAUUAAAUGCGGUCACCUCAAGAUUAACAGAAAUAAACGGUGUAAAAAGUGAUUUAAUCAAUCAAGAGAAAAGAAGACGUUUGAGUUUAAUGGAUGAAAAGGAUUUGCAUAUAGGAGAAUGUCAUAAAACAGAGGCUAGCAGUCAAAGCAGUCAAAAAGUUGUUUCUGAGUCUUCUUCACCAAAUGCUGUUUCAAAUGCAAAAAAUGUUACCAAUGUACCUUAUGAGAGUGAAACGCAAAAUUUAAAAACAAAAAACGCAAUAAUGCAAAAUGAUUCUAAUGCAUCAAACAAUUCUGAAGCUAAAGUGUCUGUGCAUACGGAUAUGGCAACUAAAUGUUCUCAGCAGUCUGUUAACAGAAUUACAACUGUCAAAAGUAAACCGGACAUUGACAAUUGCAAAGUGAAUGCGAAUACUUUAACUAAAAAUCAAAGUCUUGGACAGAAAAUGAAAAAUCACAUGAAUAUUAAAAAUGACACAAAUGCUACUAUUAAUAGGCACAAGGUAGAGCAUUUUAACAAUAAAAAGAUAACUCAGAAUCACAUAAUAAAACAAGCUGAUAGAACUGUGAUUGAAAAUAAGUUGGAUAAUUCACAAAGGAUAAGUUUAUUAAAAACAUCACAAAGCUCAAUAAUCAGCAAUACAGUGGACCAAGUUCCCAGAUCCCAAAGUAAUGAUUUAGCAACUGGCAAGCCGACUUUACCAAUUGGGGAAAUCAAUGUAACAGAAGCUAAAGUGAAGCAGAAGUUACUUGAGAAUACAACAGUUCCUAUUGGAAUUGGUGUUGAUGCAAGUGUAGAAAGAGUUGGUAGCGGAGGGGGUGGGGAGGAUUCGGGGAUAGAAUCUAUGGAUGCUCUUUCAGAGAAGUCACCAAAUCAGGGGGAAUCACCUUUACAUAGGCCAGUGACUGAAACAGUGACACAAAGUAGCACUAAAAGUGUUAUUCAAGGGGAACCAUCCCUGCCAACCACCAAUAAGAACGUGCCUUCCUCAACUAAUAGUAGUGAUAUGUGUUCAAAUACCCAUACGGAACUUCUUAAGUCCAAUGCCCCACAAAGAUUAAGCCCUGUGUCUGUUGCAAGUUAUCUUGAAAAUCAUCUUAAUUGCAAUGUAUCACAUUCUAGUGAACAAGAUACGAAGAAUAUAUCUAGUGAAAAGACAGUAACAAUAACAACAACUUCAAGAACUAGUGGUAAUAAUAGUGACUUGGUUGCUAGUUUAGAAAUAACUGAAAAUGAAAAAAGUGUUUCCAAUCCACUAGUGACAGGAUCAGUGACUGUCGUGACUGCCGCUAUAAAUAGUGGCAUGGAUAGUGAUAAUUUAUUACAAUGUGCGCAUCAACAAAUAAGCAAUUACUCUGAAACAGACAGUUGUAGCAUUAAAUUAGAAGGUACUAUUAACCAAAAUGAGCAGGGUACGACAAACUCUAAGCACGAAGUGUUAAGGGACGCAGAGGACAAACUUGUUGAAGACAGUGUAAAAACGGUAACAGAGAGUGACAGUGCAAUUAGAUUAAGUGAAGAACCUCAAGGACAGAAUAAUAAUGGUGUGCCUCUAAUUCAAAAUCAUGUUACAUAUAAUAAAGUUAAAACAGAAAAGCUUGAUAAUACACUUACAAACAAAGCUAUCGCAGUGGUGGAUAAUACAUGUCCAAAUAAUCAGAGUCACCAGAGUCCAGAAAUCAAAGCAGAGCCUGUAAUCAAUGUUAAAGUGGAUGACACAAGGCAGGUUGAUCAGUCAGAUAAUUCUAAAAAUAAUUUAUCGUUGAACACAGGCUCAGUUCAAAUAGAAUCAUGUACUGAUCAAAACCAAAAAUGUAAUGUACAAACUCCUCAACAAAUUUCAGUCAGGGAAUCUUCAAUGAAUCUUCAAAAAGUUACAGACGAUUUGGUUAAGAAAAUUGUUAAUGAUGCCAGCGAAAUAAAUAUAGGUAUCCAGUCACCUCUUGGUGAGGAUCCACAGCCAAUUAGGAUCACACCGCCAUUAUAUACAUAUUCUAAUCCAGUUGUUUUGCAAAGAGAUGAGACUCCAAGCCCAGCAGCACAAAAUCUUGAAGUAGAUUCUAGCGAUGUAGAACAUGUAAAACGAAAACGCAGAAGGAAACAGGAAUUAGAAGGCCGACAGGAUGUCAUAUGUAUAGAGGACAAUGACGAUGCACAUUUUGUGGAAAGAUUAAAUUCUAAUAACUCGGAUGAUUAUAUUAAAAGACCACCUAAAUCUUUGUUAGAACAACUUUUAAUAGAAAUUCCAAGCGAAAGUAAUGAAAAGAGAUCAUUGAGAACUAGAUCACAAAAACUUAACAGUCCAGACAUUGCCAAAACUCCAAAAAGUAGCCCACAUGGUCCUAAUAAGUUGGAGGAAAGACGUAGUAUAUCGCCAUAUGCAAAGGCUAGUCCAAAGUUGGGAUCAUCUAAAUUAUCACCAAAUACAACAACUAUGAAAGUAGGGAAAAGAAAACGACAGGAAAGUGAAAGUUCUGUAGCAUCGAAUGCGGCCGAUGAUCCACAACCACGACCAGGAAAACGAAAAUGUUCCGAAAAUGCUGCAGAACUCAUCAAAGCUUGUAUGGGUGUAGAAGAAACUGGACCUGUCAAGAAACAAAUCCCUGGCAAAGAAGAACAGCCCAAAAAGGGAUUCAACAUAUUGGCUAAAGCUAAAAAAGGUCCCAUUGUGGUAGAAGUAGAUUCUUCUGACGAUGAACCGUUGAUUGAAUCUGUAGGAAAAGCAAGAAUGAGAUUGUCAGAUGAAACAUCCGCUGCUUCUCCAAAGCCUAAAGAUCAAAAAACAAAUUCAACUACAACUGUUUCUGGCAGUCCAAUUAAUUCUAGUAAUAUAUCAAAUUUCAAUGCCAGUAAUAGAGUGCAAAGAGAAGGCCGUUUAUUAACAACCAAACAAGCAAGUACACCAACAGCUGUGAAUGCUGGAAAAGAAAGGCUACGUGGUACUUCAGUAUCAAGUAAUGAAUCAGUGGGAGAAGUAACAACAAGACGAUCUGUUCGACAGAAUACAGCUUCACCAUUAGCAACACCGGCAAGCAAUACAAGAGGUGCAUCUAGAUCUACGGAAGAUGUAAAUAGAAGAAAAACUCGAAGUGGAGCUGUAACGACUGAGGCAGCAGAACAGGCGAAACGGAGGCGAAUAUCCCGAGAAAACAAAUGACCCUCGGGAAGUGACCUUGACAGUGAUUAGCUACCGUCGCUUGUCAAGGCCUAUACGUCUGAUUAUCUAUUUGUUAUAAACAAUUACUUGAUCGCCGUGUGGCUGGACCCCACCUGGUGAAUGUGUAUGUGUCGAUAGCGCACAAACAUUGCUGUAUAUGUUUGGGAGUUUUAUGGCAAUCGGAACGCUGGAUGGUGUAAAAAAAAAAAAGGAAAAAGAAAAAAAAAACAAAUAAAUUUAUGUUGUAUUAUAAGAAACUGAAUGAUCUAUUUUAAAAUAUACAAAAAAUAUAAACGAUAAUUAUAAACUCUUUCGAAGCUUCGUUUAAAUAUUUUUUGUAUAUUCUGUAUAAAAUUUUAAAAUUUUCUUUGAUAAUAUACUAUAAGAAAAGAUUUGUAUUCCACCUGAACGAUCGUCUUUAGAUGUUACUUUUUUAAAUAUCUAAGAAAUUUAAUUAUAAGGGAAGAUCAGUACGAAAAAACACGAGAAUGAUGUAUUUUUCACCGUCCAGCAUUCUUUCUUGCAAUCUACUCCUCUAAACAGCAAAGUUUAGUUACUCAGAAUCUGUUCAGCGUUUUAUGUUUUGAUCUAAGUAACUAAACUGGAUUUAUAACUGCCGAGUCAUUAUGUAACUUUCUUUUACCAAUUACAAGUUAUUAUUAUUCAUUUAUAGAACGAGGUCGCAUUAUUAUAUAUGUGCAAUUCGGUCAAGUUCAAUUUAUGUGUUGAGGUCAAUAUUUACAGCAUUAUAUAUAUAUAUAUAUAUAUAUAUAUAUAUAUAUAUGUGUAUAUAUAUAUACAUAAAAUAUAUAUAUAAUAUUAUAUAUAUUGACAUAUGCAUAUAUAUAUGUAUAUAUGUGUGUAUAUAUGUAUAUGUAUAUAUAUGUAUAUAUAUAUAUAUGUAUGUAUGUAUGAUGAUGUAUGUAUGUAUUUAUGUAUAUAUAUAAACGUUUUUUCAUGAAUAUACCCAACAGAAAGUUAUGCAAGAAUUCUUUUUACACAGAUGAAGGCAUAACUUUCUGCUCUUUGUUCUUUCUUUCUUUCUUUCUUUCUUUCUUUCUUUUUUCUUUCAUAUUCUUAUUCAUGGGAAUUAAAUAAUGGUAAAAGAAAGAUAAAAUUUUAUAGGUCAAACAUGAAAAUCUCUGAUUCUACUGCCGUAAUAUAACACAUUAUUUCUGCAGAUAUAAAUUUUAUUAAACGAUGGGCUUGGGUCGCUACUCUGACAACUACUUCACUGAUAGACUUUGUUUAAAAAAUGUUAAAUAUUUGUAGUUGUUUAUUUAUUCUAUUUUAACUCUUCUUAUUUUUGUAGAAUUUCUCAUUUUGUAGAUAUUCUGGGUUAAAGUGCAUGCAUAAAAAAUAGUGUUGGCUAUACUCAUUUUUGAUAUUAAAUACAAUUGUCAUGAGUAUAAUAAAUUAUAUUUGAAGAUGCAGUGUACCGAACACAUCAUCUUCAUUUAUUCUUAUUUGUAUAAAAAUCUUACAAUUGAUUUUGAAGUACUCCUGAGAUAAAAUAGCACACUUUGUAACUCUUGAAAAUUAACACUUUAUCAAAAUGCUUAAGCAUAGAUGUAUGGUAUUUGAUUUUAAUAAAUUUUGUUUAGGACUUAAGUUUAUAUCUAUAUUAUAUUUCUAAAUAUACGUUAGUUACUACACAAUUUCCAUUUUUUAAAUCGGUAAACACAGUCUUUCAGUGGAAUGUUCGUCGGUAGACAUAAUAUUGCAGAAAACACACAGGGGUAUAAGGCUAUUAUUAAAAAUGACUUAUUUUAUUUAUGAAAAUAUGCGGAUCGUUGGAAUAUACAUAAAUCAUGCAUAAAAAUAUGAAAAUGAUAAGAUUAAAAUAUAAAACAAAAAAACAAAAAAAACUAUUAAUACAAUGUUAAUUUGAUAGGUAAUAUAUGAAUGAAUAUAUUUUGUAAAUAAUUUCUUGUAAAGAUACACAAAGCACCUCUCACUCUGUAUAUAUAGGAACUGUUUAAAUUUUUAUUAAAAAUUAGUAAUAAUUAAAAAAAAUCGUGCAACAUCUCAUUGUCAUUUUUAUUAAUUAUUCUUCGCGCGCUAUCAUUUUAUUAAAACUUUGUUAGCAUCAUCCUUUUGCCAAUACUUAUGGUACAUAGACAUAAGCGUAUAUAUACAUAAUGAAAUAAUAUGUAUAUGUCAUUUAUGUUACAUACAUUAUUUUCGUGAUCAGAUAAUCUAGUUUUAUAUUGUAUAAAUAUAAAUUAAUGGUUGAGAGUACGAAUUUUAAGUAACUGGCAGUAGUCAUCACUCCACAUCUUCUAAAUUUAUUUUGAUGACUUUUUUCUCCAAGAAAUUAAUAUCUUCUCGACUUGAUAUUAUUUUUCAUUAAUAUAUUUCAUUUACAAUUUGUUGAUUUUUAAUAAAUAACAUUAUUUUAUUUUGCUCUGGUGCUGAAUUUUUUUAGAUUUUUCUAAUGGAAAAUUAAAAGGUUACUGCUUUAACGAUUUUAAUUAUAAUAUUAAAUUUAAAGGCAAAAUAGUAAAACAUCGAUAAACUAACGAUCGUUUUUCAUUAUAUUUUUAUUAAUGUAUGACCUAAUAAAUUUAUAGUCCCUGGACAAAUAAUUUCAGGAAAUAAUAAUAUUGUGUCAAUACGAUUAUGUACAAGUAAUUGUAAGUGAAAUCUUUGAUAAAAUAAUUUGGUCUUUUACUUGAGCUGGUUUAAAAGAGUUUGAUGACUACUUGGCAAUCUAUUUCAUAAAAUAAUUAUUUCAUUACUGAGAUAUUAAAUAUUGAAUUUGAUCUUAUUGGAAUAAGAAAAGUUAGCAAAGUGAUCGAUCAAUCAGCUUGUACACUGAGUAAUGAAAUAAAAAACAUUUUGCUAAUUUCUUCCUAUUCUCAACAUUAAUUUAAAUUAUUUAGUUAAAAUGCUGCAUGUUUAUUGGAAUUUAUAUUCCAACAGAUAUAUUGAAACUUAUAUUGUACAUAGUAGCAUAUGCUUAUUUUGGAUGGGAAAUGAAAAAAAAAAAAAAAAAAAAUGAAAAUAAUAAACGUGUACAUAAAGAUAUAAAGAAGAAAAUUAAGAGAAUUACACAUUCAAUUUUGAUCCAGAUCCCUAGUAUUAUGGGAUAAUAUGUAAUAUAUAGUAAUUUAAUUACGAUGAGAGAGAAGUAUAAAAAUUAUUGGGAAAAGAAACACACCUGUAAUUUCGAUGUAUAAUAUUCUCUUUAUAGAUAGUUAGGCUAGAUAUUAUUAUGUUACAAUUUUAUUAAAUAUUACAUUUAUAUGAUUGUAUAGAUUAUAAACGAGCUAAGCUUUCUAUGUAAAUAUAUCUUAAAGCUAAAACAGGAAUUUUUAGCCUGCUAACAUUGUUAAGGAGCUUUUUCAGUACAUCUGCCAUGUAGCUGCAUAUGUAUGCAUAUAAUAUAAGAAAGAUAAAAUAUUAAUGCGCCAAAGAUCAUAUUCUGAUUGACAUGUGUGAUAACUGUUCAUAUUCAAUACAUCUUAGAGAAUGGUAUACAUGUGAAGCUCGAUAAACAAUUGGUGCUUUAUAAUACGAUGAACACGUUGCAGUGUUAUAUCUCAGCAUUAUUACAAUAAUUAAAUCAAUAAAAAGUGAUCACUUUUGUGCCCAUUUAUAUCUUUAAAUAUGGCAAUUACUUUAUAAGCUCCUUAACUAUGUGAGUAAUGCUGCAAAUAUAACAGUAUGUAUAAUGGAUAUGAGUUUUAAAAUCAUCAAACUAUAUUAAAGAGUUGGAUGAUUUCAAAACCUCUUGUAUGCAAAACACAUUUGUAUUUUUAGUAUUUGGUUAAAUGAUAUAAAUAAUAGUAAAGGAUAAAUGAUAAUAAUCCAAGUGGAUAUAUAAUAUAAAGAAUUAGAUCCCAUAUAUUAUAUUUGUAGAAAUGAUUGAUCACACAUGGAAAGAAAAAUCGCGCUAUGAUUAUCAAGAAAAUAUUACAAUUAUAUUAUUACUUAUUAUUACUACAAAAUGACUAUACAACAUGGUAAUUUGCUAAUUGUACCUUUUAAUAAUUACCGUAGACACAUUGAUGCAAA